UGAACCGCUCCAGAUUCCCAUCUCCCUCCCCUCGGGAGUCGAGGCCGCGGCGCGAGGAGCCGAGGAGAAGCUGGAGCUCCCAUGGCGGAGGCGACCCAGAAGCAGCCGAACCCCACCGCCUCCCGCCCCGUCCGAUGCAUCGUCAAGCUCGGUGGAGCGGCCAUCACGAACAAGGGGGAGCUGGAGAGCAUCGGAGUGGAGAACUUGAGGUCGGCGUGCGCGCAGCUGCGGCAGGCCAUGUCCCACUCCGGCGCGACGGAGAAGGUUGCGGGGAUGGACUGGAGCAGAAGGCCCGGCGAUCCGACCGACCCCGUCGUGGAUGCGGAGGGCUUGUCGGAGAUGGAGGGGUUGGGGCUCGACACCAACUUCGUCGUCGUCCAUGGUGCCGGGUCUUUUGGUCACUUCCAAGCAAGUAGAUCUGGAGUCCACAAAGGAGGUCUACAGUCAACACUUGUGAAGGCUGGCUUUGUAGCUACAAGAAUUUCAGUGACUUCUCUUAACCAGGAAAUUGUUAGAGCCCUUGCAAGAGAAGGUAUACCGUCUGUGGGAAUGUCACCGUUCGCUUGUGGAUGGUCUACUAAGCAAAGAAACCUUGAGUCAGCAAAUGCUUCUCAAAUAAUUCAAUCACUCCAUGUUGGCUUUGUCCCUGUUUUGCAUGGAGAUGCUGUUCUUGAUGAAUUACUGGACUGCACCAUAUUGAGUGGGGAUGUCAUUAUACGCCACCUCGCACAGCUUCUCAAUCCAAAAUAUGUUGUGUUUCUGACAGAUGUCCAUGGAGUAUAUGAUCGUCCUCCAUCAGACCCAAAUGCAGUACUUCUCAGAGAGAUAGAGGUGGAUGACACUGGGAGCUGGUCAAUUGUAAAACCUGCAUUGAAAGGCAGCAAUAAAGGAGUGGAGAUAUCUGUAGCUGCACACGACACCACUGGCGGAAUGGAGACCAAAAUAUUGGAAGCUGCCGCGAUAGCUAGGCUUGGAGUUGAUGUGUACAUUACAAAGGUUGGUACAGAGCAUUCACUGAGAGCCUUACAAGGCGAUACUAGCUCAGAAGAUUGGCUUGGAACUGUCAUACGAUCUUCCAAAUGAAUUUCUUGGCCAAAAUUUUCAGGGAUAAGCAUCCAUUCGCAUUUCGCAAACAAUUCAUCACCAUUGUUGUAGGGCAAGAAUCACAACUGAUGAAGUGAUGAGCCUAGUCCGUCAGAUGAUUCAUGGGGCUAUAUUACUGCUUAAUUCCAUGUAGACGAUGACGCAAAGCUUGGUGUUUAUGCUAGGCUUACGAUGUUGUUGUUUAUGCUACAAGCUUACCAUGCUGUAUGAAAUAACUUCAUUUUAUUUGUCGAAAGUUCACUUGGCCUCGUAGACUCGAGGACAUUUUGUAUGCUCCAGAGCUUCGAUUUGCCCAUUAACCCCGUGACAUUAUAUUGGUAUAAAAAGAAUGAUUCAUUGGAUUC